CACCAUUCUGGUGGUCACAACUCCCCUCUGAGUCGUCAUCUUCCCUGGGGAAACCGUCCUCUGAAACCCCGCCUCCGAAGGGACCCUCUGGAGACUCCACUUUGAUGUGCAUGGGAGCAUAAGUAUAAACAACUGUAUCAUCUGCAUACAUCUGAACCUGGACCUCUGAACAAAAUUGGUCCAAGAACCAACGCCUGUGGGACUCCAAUAUUACAGUCAAGAAAUGAACACACCACUCAGCAACUUCAACAUGAAGGCUUUCAUUCUUCUGGCUCUGUUCGCUGUGGCUUAUGCCGCUCCUCUGGAUGAGGAUGACAAGAUCGUCGGUGGAUACGAGUGUACUAAGAAUGGUGUUGCAUACCAGGUUUCCCUGAACAGUGGUUACCACUUUUGCGGUGGCUCUCUGAUCACCAACCGUUGGGUUGUGUCUGCUGCUCACUGUUACAAGUCCUCUGUCCAAGUGCGUCUGGGUGAGCACAACAUUGAUGUCUCUGAGGGCACCGAGCAGUUCAUCAGCUCCCAAAAGGUCAUCAGACACCCCAGUUACAACAGCAACACUCUGGACAAUGACAUUAUGCUGAUCAAGCUGGCCAGCACUGCCACCCUGAACAGCUACGUUCAGACCGUUUCUCUGCCUUCAAGCUGUGCUUCAUCUGGUACCGAAUGCCUGAUUUCUGGAUGGGGAAACAUGAGCGGCUCUGGAAGCAACUACCCCAGCCGUCUGAUGUGCCUGCGGGCUCCUAUCCUGAGUGACAGUACCUGCAAAAACGCCUACCCUGGUCAGAUCACCUCCAACAUGUUCUGCGCUGGCUUCAUGGAGGGAGGCAAGGACUCCUGCCAGGGUGACUCUGGUGGCCCAGUGGUUUGCAGCAACCGGCUGCAGGGUAUUGUGUCCUGGGGUUACGGCUGUGCCCAGAGGAACAAACCUGGUGUCUAUACCAAGGUCUGCAACUACGUUUCCUGGAUCAAUAACACCAUGAACUCCAACUAAGCUCCCACUGAUUAUUUGUGCCCAUAAUCAUGGCAUGUUGCAAUAUCAUUUUGCAAACGUAAAAUAAACAUCUGAGAACAAACAUUAAAGAUGUUGGAUU